UCUUCGAGUAACCUUCAACGUAUCUCUACCGGAAGGUCAACGAGCAACUUUAAUAACCGUAGGCAAAGAUGAAACUCCUAUUGAGUUGGAGAAGUAUUAUAAGGUGACGGCACCCGCAUAUUUGGCUGACGGCGGCGACGGGUUUACGAUGAUAAGAGACAACAGGAGGAACGUGGAAGUCAUAGGCCGUGACGAGAAAGUUCUAGAAGAUUAUGUGAAGACGCAUUCUCCGCUUAAAGUAGAGCUCGACGGGCGUAUCGUCAUAAAUAAUUAAACUAGUAUAAUAGCUAAUUUAAAUUUAUUUUAAUAAUAAAAUUGUUAUUUUUUA